CGAUCACUUUAGUAUAAAUAGCGCCAACCCUUUCGAAACGAAACGUAUGAAGCACCAAGUGCGGCGUACGGCCGACCCCUCCGUUGCCGAAGCCAUCGAUGCCUUUGAACAUGGUCUGGGGCUGAGUAUCCGAGGCUUCAAGAAAGCCUGUGCCUUUGCCAAGAAAGAUGCGUCCUUGCAUUUGGACGCCGUGCGCACCGCGUUUGGCACUCCGUGCGCAUGUCCACAGGACUUUGUUCCCCCGCUCGACAACAACUCGGACCUCUCGUCUGACAUCAACAAGGGCAAGCAAAAUGAAACCAGACCAUCCACAAAGUCGUCGAAACCUCGACCUCAAUCUGCCGCCGCGAAACGAAGUGGACGGAAACCAACGAUCCCCGUGGAUUUUGUAUAUGACGUGGACGUCCGCAAGCAACUGCGAGCCGCCAUCGACGCCGAACGGAGGGACGUGCUCCAUGCCACCCAAGCCAGGGAAGCCAAGUUGCGAGAGGCGAACCAGUGGCUACCUAACUCUCGCCCCAAGCAAGAAAAGGUGGCGUGGUCCACCCCCCGGCGCAAGCUGCCGCCAUCGCCACGUGCUCCAUCGGUAAACGUGGAAGGUGCUAGUACGAUGACGAAUGCUGCUACUACGUUGGGUUCAAAGCAAGAUGAAGUCGUGUGGGAGCGACCGACUCCGAAGAAAGUUCGCCCCCAGUCGGCCGUGAAUCGACGCAAUCCUGUGGCGGACAACGUACAUUUCGCGUCGUGGCAGACGGGUAGCUACCAUAAAGAUGAGGACGCCGACCUCCUGCACAGUCGCAAGAGCAGCAGGCGGCGACAACACAGGUGCACGUAUCGUCAACAAGGAUAAACAUGAGAGAUGAGUCUAUUUGUUGGUGGCCGUUCGCAAAGGUGGCGCGACGAGAAUGACGACGUCCCCUCGCACAAACAGCAUCUCCACUUGACGUUUGGCCUGCUUGACAAUCUCUUCGUACGUUUCCUGGUCAAUCUCGACGCUCGUCACGGUCUCUUCCACGUCGCUCAGUACCAUGUUCAAAUGCUGGUCGUACGCCUGCAGCUUUCCCCGCAGCUCGCGCUCGCCACGGCACUUGACGUAGAUGACUUCGUCCAGACUGAGCUUGAUCAAGUCGAGAGGUUCCGUGAUCGUCGCCAUCUUGCUUGACGGUGGUGUGUGUGGAAGUGCUAGGAGUACGAGAUGUACGAUGUACGAUGUAUUGACAAUACGAACGGCUUGUAAUCGUACAAUCAUUCUACCAAUCAAAGCCGCCCAUUUUCAAAAUUCAAUCCAAGAAAGGGCGG